CCGCGCGGUGUGGAGCGGACGGAGCCCACUCUGGCAGGUUUUCAGGACAAGUUUGAACGACGAGACGCGGACUGCAACGCCGGAGACCUGCUGAUGAGGUAGCAUACUACAACCAUCAUCCUAGAGCUCAGGAGUCCAGGAUGAUAUUGGCAGCUGCAGAAAAUGUGAAAACAACAGGAUUAGGAGCUUCAUUUAAAACAUGAGACGGUGCUCCAUCUGUCUUGUGCAUUCAUGAACAACAGAAGAAAGACAAAACAUGGAGAGGAGAGAGUGGGGACCAAGGAUUGGAUAGGAUCUCUGGACUGAUGCAAUGCUGUGAGGAGACGGAGCCCAUAUUGGCUCGGAUGAACGCCAGCUGUGUCAGACACUUUCUGAUCAAACAGGAAGGGAAAGACGGGAGGAAGCAGCUGAGAGAUGAAGGAGGUGUGUCCUAAGAGAGCAUUUGUUUUCACCUGAAGAUCCAACCUGGACAUCUCAAAGAAAGAAAAGAGGCCACUACCCCUGGAGACAGGUGCAUUCUGGGCAAAAUAAGAGAGAAGAGAGCCGCCUGGUGGAAAUGCAGAACUGAGGCCACACCCCUUAAAAGUUAACUCACCUAUAAAAUGUCAACAAUCCCUCAGAUGCUGUGACAGAGAGCUGAAAGCAUCCUCGCCAUCUGCCAUGGGACACAGUAAGGACGUAGACAUGAUAAGAAAUCUCUGCUGUGGUUCUUUUCAAAGAGACCUCUAGAGAAGUCCAUUACCCAAAAUUAAUGUCAGCCGUGUUGCGGAGGCAGCCUCAAGCUGCGCCGCCAGAUCUGAGACGACCAAUGGAGGCAUGGCCUCAACGUUUCCGAUGCUGCUCCCGCUGGUAACGACAGCCAAGUGACCAGCGAUGCCUUCUAAGGUCUCCUGCUUAUACUUGCUGACAGUGGUUUGCUGGGCAAGCGCUCUGUGGUACCUGAGUGUGUCCCGCCCCUCCACUUCCUACGUGGGCCAGAUGACGAUCCCUGUGCGCAAGGUGCCCAAGGUGAACAAGAACGCCACCUUCAGUAACAUCCGAACGCGCUCGCUCAACCCGCAUGACUUUGGCUACCUCAUCAACGAGGAGAAGAAGUGUGAGGCCGAGCCGCCCUUCCUCGUCAGCCUCAUCAGCACCACCCACAAGGAAUUCGACGCCCGUCAAGCGAUCCGUGAGACAUGGGGUGACGAGAGCACCUUCACGGACGUUCGCCUGGUCACGCUGUUCUUGCUAGGUCGCAGCACUGACGUCGUCCUCAACCACAUGGUGGAGCAGGAGAGUCAGAUCUUUCAUGACAUCAUAGUGGAGGAUUUUAUUGACUCGUACCACAACUUGACGCUUAAGACGCUGAUGGGAAUGCGAUGGGUCGCUACGUUUUGCUCUAAGGCGCAGUACGUCCUCAAGACAGACAGUGACAUCUUUGUCAACAUGGAGAACCUCAUCUUCAACCUCCUGAAGCCCACCACCAAGCCAAGAAGGAGGUACUUCACUGGCUAUGUCAUUAACGGGGGGCCUAUCAGAGACAUGCGCAGCAAGUGGUACAUGCCGAGGGAUCUGUACCCGGAGAGCAAGUACCCACCUUUCUGCUCAGGCACUGGCUACAUCUUCUCAGCGGAUGUUGCUGAGCUCAUUUAUAAGACUUCCUUACACACCAGGCUGCUGCACCUAGAGGACGUAUACGUUGGCGUUUGCCUCCGUAAAUUGGGCAUCCACCCAUUCCAGAACAGCGGCUUCAACCACUGGAAGAUGGCGUACAGUCUUUGCCGAUACCGCCGGGUGGUCACCGUCCACCAGAUCUCCCCUGAGGAAAUGCAUCGUAUUUGGAACGAUAUGACCAGCAAGAAACACCUGAAAUGUUAGCAGGACUGUUGGAGCUGUGCAGCAGUUAUCUCAUUCUUCUUCGUCUUUGGCUUUGGCGAGUACUUUCCGGCACGUAGCACUGAGCUAGAGGAGCACUGACGUGGUUUCUCCAGGCGCUGAUCGCUUCGCCAGGAUUUUCUACAGUGAGGCCAAAGCAAGCUCCUCUGUAUUCUACUUCUCUUUCAUUUCAAGGUUUUCCAGAGAGGUGCACAAAUCAGACUCACUAAACAGGCACAAACUUGGAAGUAUGCUUUUUCAAAAAUGUGCCAAAUGUUCAGCCGGUUGUUUGUUAUUGCCAGCAGCGCUAUGAUUUUAUAGAAGACAGGAGGCUUAGAGGCUUGUGUAAAAGCAUUCAGACAAAAACUGUCCCCAUUACUCCACUGCAGAUUACAGAAAUGCCACAAAGUUCUUUAAACCCAGACAUUCGCCAUCACAAGCUCUUAUUAUGAAUGUUCCUCAUGUUUUUUCAGUUGUUGUGUUUUUCUGAAAAAGGUGUUAAAGUGUUGGAUGUACUGUCUGGCACUUGCAGCAGCUGUCGUCUCUUUGGUGAACACAGCGAGCCUACAGUGUAAUGACUCAUUUAAACAGGAUGAAACACGUGCAUCGUGUUGCUCUUACUCUAGAAAGCAGCAAAUAUAUGAGUAUUAUCAACCUUCUCUGUUUGCAUCUGUUGUAUUCUUUAGAUUCAGACAUAUUUUCUUAUGAAAGGUACUCGGACAUGGCGAGAGAUAUCAGCUGCUUUCAUUCCCAAGUGAAUGUUACUUCUGUUAAUGUGUUAUGUGCAGUUAUUUGUCUCAGGCCGUGCCGUGAGCAGGCUGCAGACUAUUAUAUUUUCUAUUACUUGAACAUGAUGGAGAACAGAUGUACUGCAAGCGCAGUGUGUACUGAGGACACAUA